AUGACUUCACCAAAAAUUCAGAAAGGUCUUGCUCAAGCUUGUGCUGAUUUGACUGUUAAAGUAAUAAUUAGUUAUCUCGGCGAUGAUUACUUUUCCUUGCUAGUUGAUAAAGCUCGUGAUGUUGCAAUUAAAGAACAAAUGGCAGUUGUACUUCGGUAUAUAAACAAAAAGGGGUCCAUUGUUGAAUGUUUUAUUGGCAUAAUUUAUGUUUCAGAUACUACUACGCAAUCACUAAAAGAUGCGAUUGAUGGGUUAUUUUCUAAACUCGGCUUAAGUUUGUCUAAAUGUCGCGGCCAAGGCUAUGAUGGUGCUAGUAAUAUGCGGGGUGAAUUCAAAGGGCUUAAGAGUUUGAUUUUGGCAGACAAUAAAUAUGCAUUAUACAUUCAUUGUUUUGCUUAUCAAUUACAAUUGGCGCUUGUGAAGGUUGCAAAACAUUAUAAGAAGAUUCAAGAAUUUUUUGACAUGCUUCAAAAGAUGGCUACCGUUGUGGGGGGUUCAUGCAAGCGGAAAGAAAUUCUUUUAAUGAAUCAAUAUGAGCAAAUAGUUGAAAGAAUUGCUCGCGGUGAAAUACUAACUGGAAAAGGUUUGAAUCAAGAGACAACCUUAAAGCGACCUGGAGACACUCGUUGGGGAUCCCAUUUUGGUACAGUUACAAGUGUUAUCUCAUUAUUUUCUCCAAUAAUUUCCUUGAUGAAAAUUAUUGAAGACGAGCCUAAGAAUGAUGCUACAAGAACUGAUGCAGGUUGUAUUUUGUAUGCCAUGGAGGAUUUUGAGUUUGCAUUCUUGUUGCAUCUUAUGAAACUUAUCUUGGGGAUUUCUUAUGAGUUGUCACAAGCACUACAAAGAAAAGAUCAAGAACUUUUAAAUGCAAUUGGUUUAGUAAAGGUAGUCAAGUCUCGCUUACAAGAGGUGAGAGAUAAUGGUUUUGAUGAAUUGCUUCAAGAAACGAACAUAUUUGCCAAUAAAUAUGAUAUUGACAUUCCAAAUAUGGAAGAUGUUUAUUUUCCUAAACGAAGAUCAAGACGGAGAUUGGAAUCAUUCACAUUCUUGCACUACUUUAAGGUGGAGUUAUUUAAUAGAGUGAUGGAUACUCAAGUUCAAGAGUUGGGUGAUCGAUUUGAUAAUGUCAAUACCAAGUUGCUUGAGUGUUUGAGUUGUCUUGAUCCUCGUGAUUCAUUUGCUACUUUUAAUAAAGAAAAGUUGAUUGAGUUUGCUAGAUUUUAUCCUUUGGAGUUUGAUGAGCUUGCAGAUAUUCCUUUUCUUUCUUCAAGUCUGAGUAAUUUUAUUGUUGAUGUAAGAGCUGAUUUUGAUUUUGUCAAUUUGAAAAGAAUUUCUGAACUUGCUUUGAAGAUGGUUGAGAAGAGAAAGGAUAUUGUUUAUCCAUUGGUCUAUUUAUUAAUAAAGUUGGCACUCCUUCUACCGGUAACAACUGCUAGUGUUGAACGAGUUUUUUCUGCAAUGACCUUUGUUAUGGAUAAGCUGCGCAAUCAGAUAAGUGAUGAUUGGUUUAACGCAUGCAUGCUAACUUAUGUUGAACAUGAUAUAUUUGAUAAGAUUGAUGAUGAAGAUAUAAUGCAAUAUUUUCAAGCAAUGAAGAAUCGAAGAAUGCUUUUGUGA